AUGCAGUUCGAUUCGGGCUCUUCACGGAUCAUUCGGCAUGGAAUCAGAAGCAAUGUAUCACGAAUUAAGGUGUCCAGCAAGACCUCGCCGUACUCGUGUAAUUUGCAAAUGUACAAUAUCCCUCCAUCAGAAGAGAUAAGUAUCGAGGAGUUUGAUGAAAUUGCCAUAGAACGAGUUAAAGCGCUCAAGGUUGUAGAGGAUGUUAAGGAACGGUACACGUGGGGUAGUGACGAGUUCAAAUCAGCAAUGAUUAGGGAGCUUUCCAAACAUAUGCCCAUCGCUGCAGGAACAUGUCUUCCUGCGGAUGUUGAACGAGCCCGCAGAAGAGAUGUGAUUGGUCAUUUUAUCCUGCGACUUGCCUUUUGUCGCUCACCGGAAUCCACAAAAUGGCUUGUCACUCAAGAAGUGGAUCUCUUCAGGUUCCGUUUCGUGGAGGAGACUAGAACAAAUAUACUCGCUUUUCUGAAGCAGAAUAAUGUUAAUCUGGAUGUGAUAGACAAAGCUGAACAAGAGGAACUAAUGGCUGACCUAGCUGCUGGUUGUGGUAUCAGCAUAGAUCAAGCCAGCAAGACUGACUUCUGGAAGGUGGAUUUCACUGCAGCGCUUGAUCUCGUUCGCCGUCGGCGUGCACUGGUACGCCGUGGUUUUGCUUAUAUCCAAUUUAAUGAUCUAGUGGUGAUCACCAGCGCAGCUCUACGAGCAAAUAUGACUGCAGCUAUGGCGCGUGCGUUCAAGCAUCUUGCAAUCGUGGAAGAAGAAAGUCGACUCCUUCCGAGACUUGCACGCUUGAGCAAUCAUGCUUACAGUGGGAAACAGUAUGCAGGAAAGGAAAACGACGGUAAAAUUACCCGGCAAAUGAUUGAUCAGUUGUGUGUACCAUCUUUCCCAUUAUGUAUGCGGCAGUGUCACACUCGAUUACGGGCCGAUCAUCAUUUGAGGCAUGGAGCAAGACGGCAAUACGGUCUCUUCCUGAAAGGAAUCGGCUUGUCUCUGGACGAAGCGUUGAUGUUCAUGCGUGAGGAGUUUACGAAAGAAGAUCGACUCUGA